AUGCCGGUUGACAAGAUUCACGUUGCGGGUGACCCGCGUAUCGAGUACAAGUCUGCCACGGUCAACGGACACAAGUACAGCUACCUUCUCAGCCAACCUCCAUCUGGGAAAUACCGAGCAACUAUCUUUCUGAUCCAUGGCUUCCCCGAUAUCUCGAUGGGAUGGCGCUACCAGAUUCCAAUGCUCGUGAAUUCGGGCUUGAGGGUCGUAGCCCCGGACUGUCUGGGCUAUGGCCGUACGGACGCGCCGAAUGACUUUGCGCAAUACUCUCACAAGCGUUGCGCAGACGAUAUCAAAGCGCUGGCCUCUCAUCUCGGUGAAUCUAAGAUCAUUCUGGGUGGUCAUGAUUGGGGCGCGGCUCUAGUCUACCGCAUCGCACUGUGGCACCCAGAUCUAAUAAGCCAUGUCUUCACCGUCUGCGUUCCAUAUGCCAGGCCUAUGGAGAAGGACAUUUCGCUCGAAGACAUGGUCCGCACUGUGGCACCGCAUUUCGCAUACCAGCUGCAAUUUGCCAAUGGCGAUUUGGAGAAGGUCUUCCAGUCUAAGGCGGAGAUUAAGCAAUUUCUCAGUGCGCUUUAUGGUGGACGAACUGAGAAGGGCGAGUUCGGGUUCGAAGCUGAGAAGGGAAUAUUGCUGGAUAAGGUUAUGCAGCUGCAGCCUUCGAGAUUAAUGAGUGAGGAGGAACUGGAUUUCUAUGCGGGCGAGUUUGCGCGGAAUGGGGUCCAUGGACCACUCAACUGGUACCGUACCCGCAAGGUAAACCACCAAGAUGAGCUCAGUAUCCUUGACCGCCGUAUUGAAGUCCCUGUGCUUUUCAUCCAAGCCCUGCGAGACCCGGCGCUCCCGGCUCAUCUUGGAAAAUCCAUGAAAAAGCAUAUUCCGAACUUGUCCUUGAAACAGGUCGAUACUGCGCAUUGGGCACUGUGGGAGAAGCCCGAGGAGGUUAAUGCUAUCAUUCAAGAGUGGUUGAAGAAUGUUGUGUUUGCCGAGGGGCGGAGUGGGAAGCUUUGA